CUCUUGUACUCGGCACCCGUAAUAACCCGUCGUUCCUUCACGGCUUCUCCAGUAUCUAUUGAUUUUUGUGGCGAAGCAAAGCAAAUAUUAGCCUUGAUUUUGACCUUAACUAGAGAAGCAUUCCCAAAUCCUUGGUUCCUUGACCCAAUAAGUGCCUUUCUUUCCGAGCUCACGGAAACAUGGAAGUUCUUCAAUCGUGACCGAGAAAACCAGCGAGUGAUCUAUUGUUGAGUGUGGUGGUAUUUGAACUAUGAUUUCAAGGAGGCGAACCAUAUACUAUACCAUCUUGUUGACCUCUUUCUUUUGGAUUUUUGGAACUGUGUCUUUCCUCUUGCUACAAUCACUAGAGGUCAACAUUGAAGUCAAACGCAGACGUCAAGCCGAGUACUUUUCACUUGAAAAGCCGCACUGGCAAAUAAAGUUAGAAGACAACAUAUUCGCGCCCCCGCCACUACCACCGCCUAGAAACUCAAGUCAUAAUCCUCACCGCCCGAGGAAGGCAGCAAAACGUCCUCGUGAAGCUCAAACAAAUAGGGUAAAUCCAGGGAAAGUAGUAUACGUUGCAGCACGCUACGAACACUACCCCCCUGGGGUCAAAUUAGAUGGUCCUGGGGACAUGGGAGAGGCAGUGAGCGUACCUAAAAGGUUAAAGGAAAAGGAGGAGGAGGGCUACGAACUACAUUCGUUCAACCUUGUGGCUAGCGAUAUGAUGUCCUUAUACAGAAGACUGCCCGACUACCGGAACGAUGCGUGCAAAGCCAAGAAAUAUCCUCUUCAUCUUCCCAAGAGUAGCAUAAUUAUUUGUUUCCACAACGAAGCGUGGUCGACAUUGUUGAGGACAGUUCAUAGUGUUAUUAAUAGGACACCGCCUAGAUUACUAGAAGAGAUACUUCUUAUCGACGAUGCAAGUAAUAGAGAUGAUUUAAAAGAAAAAUUAGAAGAAUACGUAGCCAAGUUAAAGGUUGUUAGAAUUAUCCGCCUCUCUAAGAGGCAAGGACUUAUACGUGCACGUUUAAAAGGUGCUGCCGCUGCCAAGGGAAGUAUAUUGACAUUUCUAGAUGCUCACUGUGAAUGUUCAAAAGGCUGGUUGGAACCACUAGCUGCUAAAAUUGCAGAAAACAGUUCUAAUGUAGUGAUGCCGGUCAUUGAUGAGAUCAGUGACACGACCUUUUACUAUCAUGCCGUGCCUGAGCCUUUUCAUAGGGGUGUAUUUCGAUGGAGGCUAGAGUUUGGAUGGAAACCUGUUCCACAGUAUGAGAUGGAAAGAAGGAAGGAUGAGGCAGAUGGAAUCAGAACCCCAGUGAUGGCUGGUGGCUUGUUCUCUAUUGAUAAGAACUAUUUUGAAAAAAUUGGUACCUAUGAUACUGGUAUGGACAUCUGGGGUGGUGAGAACCUGGAGAUCUCAUUUAGGAUCUGGAUGUGCGGUGGUGCCAUCGAGAUGCUCCCAUGUUCACGUGUGGGUCAUGUAUUUCGUCCCAGGUUCCCAUACUCGUUCCCAGCCCGGCCUGGGCACAACACUGAUGUUGUUAGCAACAAUCUGAUGCGUGUGGCAGACGUCUGGAUGGACGAGUACAAAAAACACUUUUAUAAUAUAAGAUUUGAUUUAAAGAGGAAACAGCAUGACGAUGUAAGCCAGAGGCUGGCCCUCAGGGAAAAGUUAAAAUGUAAAAAUUUCAAGUGGUACCUAGAUAAUGUCUACCCUGAAUUGGAGGUACCGGACACAAACUUUGCAGCGUCGGGCCAGGUCCGGAAUCCCUCUAGUGACAUGUGCCUGGACACACUUGGGAAGAAGGAUGAUACACCACUUGGACUGUAUCAAUGUCACGGACAAGGCGGAAACCAGUACUUCGUUAUGACGAGUAAAGGGGAGAUUAAAUCUGAGGACAACUGUCUUGACUUCAAUGGACAUGACCUCUAUCUUCGGGAAUGUGAUGGACUCGAGCUGAAUCAAAAGUGGCAGCUGAAGGACAACAGUAUUUAUCACCCCCGAAGAGACAUGUGCUUGGAUCGUGGGCGCGCUAACGGCCAAUACGCGCGUGUCAGGAAGUGCGAUGGACGCGAAUCACAAGUGUGGGAAUUCUCCAAAACAGACGAUAUGGAAUAAAUGCCCUUCACAAAAGUAUAGUGAGCCUUGGAAUCCUCCAAGAUAGACGAUAUGGAAUAAAUACCCUUUGAAAAAGCAUAGUGAGCCUGGGAAUUCUCCAAGACAGACGAUAUGGAAUAAAUACCCUUCACAAUAGCAUAUUGAGCCUUGGAAUUCUCCUAGACAGACGAUAUUGAAUAAAUACUCCUCACAAAAGCUUAGCGAUCCUUGGAGUUUUUUUCAAAAAGACAACAUGGAAGAAAUAUUAUUCAAAGUAGAUAGCGAGUCUUAAAAUUUUUUAAAACAGAUAGGAUUGAAUGAAUACUGCUCACAAAAGAGUCUAGGAAUUUUCCCAAACAGUCGAUACGUAACGAAUAGCAAAAUACUAGCGAGACUUGGAAAUCUCCAAAUCCCGAGUAAAGACUUUCUUCAAUGCUUCUUGACACUGGGUUUUUCAAAAGCUUCACCCCAUACCCAGGUGAAACGUUCUUAUUUAUUGUUGCAUGCUCGCCGUGUUUGAAUUCUCUAGCCUAUCGCAAUAUCGACAAAUUACUUCUCUCGAAGAUCUGUAUCCACUCGGACGCUGGUGAAUCAACAAAAACUUAAAUCCACCAGCGUGCCACUCAUUUCUUCGCACUCGAUCCGUUUCCUCUUCCUAACAGAAACAUGUUUGUGUAUCUAGCAUAAAUUUUCAAUUUAUAAUGUUUAAUAAAACCGUACAUUAUUUCUA